AUGGUCGACAUUGACUCCAAGGAUGCGGAGGCUACAGUGGAAGACGAAGACAAUAUCAUUGAGGAAACCUACGGCGAUGACUGGCUCAUGAACUGGCUGAAGCGCGACCGCUCCACCACCGAAGAGGACCUGCGCAUGAUGGACUACCAGGGCUGGCGCAUCCACUCACCCAAGGUCCAGCUCAUCCGCAUCAAGAAUUUCCUCGCGGACGAGGACAUCGAUCGCACCAUCGACUGGGAGCGCAAGUUCGCCGAGAUUGGCGAAUUCCUCCUGCACUGCCUCCGCAUGGAGGACGCCACCAAUAAGGACUGGUACGUCGACCUGCGCGAGUGCAUGAACAUGCUGCAUGCGCACUGGAUCUUUGAGCAGCAUCACUACGGUGAGAAGAAACUCGUCGUCGACUUCCCCAUGUACUCGAGCGUCAGCACGCGUUUGCCGCCCCUUCUGGACGGGCGCGACCUCAUUGUGGAAAAGAGGCCCAAGGACCCGGUGCGCCCUCGGUAUCUUUUCCACAGGGUGCCCGAGUCCAUCCAGGACAUGGACUACCAGAUCCCUGGGCCGCUGCUGCGGACAAUGUUCAUGACGUGGUUCCGUCAGGACGGCAACCUUGUCUGGGCCGCCAAUCCGAGUGGCCCAAUGCCGGGAUCGGGCCAGCGUGGGAAGGUGUUCAAGUACCAGCCGGACUUCAACAUGGCGCUCACGGAAGACAAGUGGUUCGCCAAGUGCAUGAAUGGCGGGCCGGAGACCACAUCAAACGAGCUGCGAGGUGAGGCUAACUUUUACAUAUUGAGCAACGAGUAUGUUGCUGGCGAGGUCAACGAGGUCGAGGUCCGCGGCAAGAAACACAAGACGCAAACCUAUUACCCCGAGGGCGAGGCCCAGCAGCGCUUUGCCCGGUAUCGGGGCGCGAAGCGCGCGGCGCUGCAGCAGUGCCUCUCGCACUUCAACAGCGUUGAGAACGUGGCCAUCCAGAGCCCCUUUCGGAAACUCGUGCUGCCCCUGACGAGACGACAAAAGCAGCGCGCAAAGGUGGAAGCCGGCGUGAACAUCGUCUACAAGCCGCACGCCAUCAAGGCACCUCUCAAGAAUGCCAAGCUCGACCCGUUGGGCUUGGUGUACUGGCACACGAAGAUGCGCGAGAAUCACCUGGAGCGUGCGAACGAAAUGAGGGAAAAGACAGAGGAGUCGCACCGGAAGCUUCUAGAGAUCCAGGACACGGUGCUCCUACCGCACAACUUCCUCGGCCCCGUCACGCCCUUCAACUUCCUCAAGGAGAGCGAAAGGAAGCUGGUGGCGCGGCACACGCUGCUGGUCAACCUUCGCGACAAGGUGAGGAGGGCGUGGAGUCGGAACCCGCGGCAGAUGCUCGAAGGCGUCGUCAAGAACAUCGACCUCGGGCUCCAGGGGCAGUCAUCUUGGAAUAUGAAGGACGACUUGGUGGCGCACAGGGAAAAGCACGGGAGGUAUCUCGAGAUGAACGAUAUGGAGCUGUACUGGGUCCAUUUUGUAUGCGGGCCGUCGACGAACGUCAAGAUGCAGCGCGAGACGCUCCCGAAGCUCGGGCAGGCUUUUGAGGUGUUCACGGCACGUAUGCAGACUUUGUUGGACGAGCCGAGCCAGGAGUGUCUUUUCGCAGUCCAAAAGCGCAAUGUUAGCCUGCAACAGGUCACCCUGGCUAUCAACGCUAGUUUUCGACAUGGCGACUAUGUCUUCACCGAGGAUAUGGUAAAUAAAUAUGCCCGGGUUCUCGCUGACUACGGAAGACUUGGAUAUGAGCGUGCCGAGACCGGCGAAGUACAUAUCAGCCGCCCAGAAUGCACAUGGCACCCCGAAAACCGCAUGAACUGGCCCCGAGACGACGACCAUUGGGACCCGACGACCAAUCCUUGGACUGAGGCUAAUAUGCCGUCCCCCGACCACACGUGGGACUGGGAGACGGCCUUUGCCAACGUCGACAAGGUCAACGCAACCCGCCGCGCGACGAAGCGUAUGCUCUGGUCCGCCGCCUAUCGCGUCGGCGUCGAGCUCAGCGUGCUAGUGCAGAAACUCGCCGACGUGGACCAUACGCUGAGCAAACCGGCCGAGUGGGACUAUCGCGCCGUGCAGCUGCAAGACCUCGCGGGAACCUGGCGGGACCGGUUCGAGCGUCCGGACGAGAAGGGCGUGCGACCCGUGUCGUAUGUCAGCGUGGUCAAGGAAGGAUACCCGGGGCGAUGGAAGCAGGGGAUGACGGAGGAGCAGGCGGUCGAGAUCGUCAGAAGGGGCAUGAUUGACGAGCUCUCGGCGGGGGAUAGUACGCUCUGGCCCAGUCGGCCGCGGUUCAGCCGGGUCGACGGGAAGGACGUCAUGACGCUUCACAGGGAGCGCAUCUGGGAGUGGGCGCGGCCCGAGGUCGUGGGCAAGAGGAAGCAGUUCUUCUCGAUGAACCGGUGGCCGGUACAUCUGCAGAGCGAGAAGACGCAGACGGAGAUCCGUAUGAGUAUAAUCAAUGAGAAAGCAAAGAAGGACAUGGAAAAAGAGAAGAUCGCGGCCGAGAUGGCGAAGGUCGAGGCGAGAGCCCGGCCUACGAAAGAGGAGAUCCAGAAGGCGGAGCUGGCGAGAAGCCUCUCGGUGCCGUAUCACGAGGUGAACGACCCGCAGACGCAGUUCUUCCCUGGGCAUACGGAGUAUUGGGAGGGCGAUACACCGUUGCAGAAGAGGGUUAUCGAGGCGCAUGUACAGCGGGUUAUCCAGGCAUUCCUCGACAAGAUCAACAUGAUACUGACGUCUCAUACAGAAGAACUGGGUCCCAACGAUGGCAAAGCCCGGCGCGGGACUAGCUGGCGCGCCGAGGCUUCUAGUAGCAGCAAAGGCGGAGGCGACACCUUCACGUUUGCAGAUAUCGAGCCGGAGGUUGUGCCAAGGAGCGUGCCGGCACAGGUUACCCCAUCCGCGACAGGGCAGAUGGUGGCUGACGGGGCAGUGUUGGACAGGCUGCCCCAACGGAUGCCGCCGCCAACAGUCAUUGAGAGACGGCAGCCCUUGCUGUCGCCACGAUAUCCGCAGAGCCAGGAGCCUCGGAGAAGGGUACGGUUCAAGGAAUGA